UACAGUCAACUUCUGAAAGACAUGCAGUACACACAAGGUGGUCCAUUGCUGGACAUCACUAUGGAGUUAGGUGAACUGGAGGAAGUUCAUCUGCCACACUGUGUCUGUUUAGGGACCAACCCUUCCCGGUGGAAUGAGAUGAAGAUUCUUCAUGUAGAGGAACAUGGAGUGUCUUUAGAGGAAGUGCAUGAGGUCACCAGAUUCCAUGCUAAGAUURUCCAUCCCAAGUUCUCAGCUAUCUCUCUGAUACUGAGAUUACUGUCUUGGAACGUACAUGUCCACUGUGAGCUGAUGCUCUAUCUGACAGUGAUGAAGGACAUAAAUAAACUAAUUCCACGCCUGUACCUGUUCCCCAGUGACCCCGGCCAGAUACAGGCUGUGGAACAACAAGAAUCAAAGUUUCAAGGGUCUAAAAGGAUUCCCAUCACAAGACCAGAGCAGUCCUUCAAACUGAAUAAUUUCUUCAGACUGAACAUUCCCUGUUCUACCUCCAUCACUCCACAG